AUCGAUGCUGUGGUGUGGAGAACUGGACCUUUUGACCAGGAUGGAGUGUCAGCAGGUGCUCUACUUACUUUUAGGAUUUUCGCUUUUUGUAUCUGUAAUUUAUUGGUCAACACCACUUCAUGCACAUAGCAUAUUAUCCAAAACCAAAAUAGAGGCUGCAAAACCCAAUUUUGUUUUCAUCUUGACAGAUGACCAGGAUGUUACUCUUGAUGGAAUGUCUCACAUGCCUAAUGUUAUCAAUAUGAUAGGAAAUUUAGGUGUUACAGUCCGUAAUUCUUUUGUUGCUAGUCCCCUUUGCUGUCCUAGCAGGUCAAGUAUUUUGACGGGACAAUAUGUUCAUAAUCAUGGUGCCAUAAAUAAUUCUUUAAGUGGCCAUUGCAGUAGUUCACAGUGGCAGGCUGGACCAGAGAAGAAGAGCUUUGCAGCACAUUUGCACCUAAAUGGGUAUAGAACAUUCUUUGCGGGAAAAUAUCUGAAUCAGUAUGGAGAAAACCAGGCAGGUGGUUUAAAUCACAUCCCUCCUGGUUGGGACUGGUGGAUUGGAUUGAAAGGUAACUCCAGGUACUACAAUUACACUCUGUCUGUCAACGGAAGUGAAGAGACGCAUCAUGAUGAUCCUCAUAAAGAUUAUUUGACCAAUGUUAUAAGAAGUAGAGCUAUGCAGUUUUUAACAAGUUCAUCAUUUGAUAAACCAUUCUUCAUGAUGUUGUCCACACCCAGUGCUCAUGCUCCAUUCACGCCUGAACCAAAGUAUGCAACUAAUUUUUCAUCAUUAAAAGCACCAAGAACAGCAAAUUUCAAUGUUGUAAAUGGAAAGGAUAAACAUUGGCUUUUACGUUUAGGUGUUCAGCCUCUGCCAGGUGAAUAUAUUUUGAAAGUUGAUGAUAUAUUUAGGAACAGGCUUAGAACUUUGCUUACAGUUGAUGAUAUGGUUAAAGACGUUAUUGAUUAUCUUUCCUCAAAGAAUCAGUUAGAAAACACAUACAUUAUUUUCACUUCAGACAAUGGAUAUCAUCUUGGUCAGUUCUCGUUGCCCCUUGACAAACGUGAACCAUAUGAAACAGAUAUAAGAGUACCUCUUUUGAUUAGGGGACCUAUGAUUCCAGAAGGUUCUAUAGUUGAAUAUCCAAUUACAAACAUUGAUUUAGCUCCAACUUUCUUAGACUUGGCAGGCAUACCAGUACCACCCUAUAUGGAUGGAUCAUCAAUGAAAUCAGUUAUCACAAUCAAUGGGAGCAUUUCGCAGUCUUCAAAAGAUUUACAUGAAAAUAGUAUAGUUGGGGUAACUAAAGCUUUUACCUAUUUGCGAAGAUCUGUAUUGAUAGAACACACUGGUGAAUACAAGGAUGAAAAUUACGGUUGUUCUUUUCUUGGAACUGGCUUGUCUGGUUGCAAUCCAGAUUUUUCAUGCAAGUGUGAAGACUCAAAAAAUAAUACUUAUGCAUGUGUUAGACAGGUAAGUCAAACAGAAAAUCAGGUAUUUUGCAAAUGGAAUGAUAAUGAAUCUUUUGAGGAGUUUUAUGACUUAAACAGAGACCCUUUUCAGUUAAAUAAUAGUGUAAAUCUCAUUAGCAAUGAAAUUCAUAGAAAACUUACUAAUCUUCUAAGAAAUCUUCAGAGAUGUAGAGGAAGUAGGUGUCAGGAGCUAGGAAGUUUUGUCAUUUAGAAAUUGGGUGAUGAUACAAUAAGACAGUAGUAUUAGAUUUCAUUAAAAUUGCCUUAAAUGAUUCUCCAUCCCAUUGGUUAUGCUGUAUGGAAGUUGGUGAUAUUUCUGUGCCUUGGGUGUUUUUCCAUUGGUUAAAUGUAAAAAUUUGGAUGAAACUGUUGUUAGCAUAUGAAUAAUACUAUCUAUGAAUAAGAAAUAGCUCUUGGUUCAUGUCUUAGUAAUGUACACUGUUAAUAUUGCAGUAUUCUUUUAUUGCUAGUGUUGAAAACUUGAACCACUAAGUUUUUUGGUUUCAAAGUUUGUUUCAUGUCUUGGAAAACCCUGAGGUUAUUGAGUGUUGAAAAAGGUUGUUGAACUAAAUUUUUUGGUGGUUGUUUGGAUUGCAGUUUUAGGACACUUUUCUCCUAAUAUGCUUUUGUCGUAAAUGAUGUAGUCAGUUUAUUUAUGUACAAGAAUGAAUAUCCUCUUUAAGAUCUGUUUUGAAUAGUAGUGACUUAAUCUUUUAUGGCAUUGUUUUAAUUGAAAGGAAUUGGUAAUUUGGUAGGAAUUAUGUAGGUUACCUGCUGCAAUAUUUAUGAUGUAUAGGCAGAUUGUAGGUACUACACUGUAAAGUGAGUGUUUUUUUGAAUUUGUUUUUUUCAUAUAGUCUGCAGCUAGAAAGAUGUGUUUUGCUAUAUAUUAAGUCUUUUACAUAAUGGCAUUUGAUUAUUAAAUUGGCUUAUAUAAAAAGAAGAGUUCAUUUGAAAGACAAUUUUUACUAUUAUCAAUUGCAGUGUAGUCAUGAACAUACCAUAGUUUUUGGCAUAUUAGACAUACCUUAACUUUUGCAAGCAUGUUUCAGAAAAAUUUAAAACACUCCUCUCUUCUCUUAUCUCAUCCCUCUUCAAUGUUAGAUAUUUUUGAAGCUUCUUACUUACCAGUAUUCAGAUAUUACUGCAAAGAAGAAACUAAAACCUGUAUUUUUAGGCAUAUUGAGGUCUCUGCCCCUUCACUUUAGUAAUGGCUUUGUCCCAACUCAAACUAAAAUAGCCUAUCCUACCAUGCCUUGUUUUAUCACUUUGAGUUUGUGUUAAUUUCUGAUACUGUGACUAAUGCAUAUUUGAAGAUAUUUUUCAGUAUUACAAUAUAUUCAUGAAUGUGGUGGGGCUUACAAAAAUAUUAUCAGAGUAUCACAACACACCUUAAGUACUUAUGCAAUCAUACAACAAAUGUUUGUCUGCAUGGCUAUAAUAACAAUCCUUUCCCUCUCUCUCUCCUUUUUCUCUCUCACACUGCACUGCUGCUGAUGCUUUAAUUGUAAGUUGAAGAUAUUUUACAGCAUUAGUACUGUUUUUUUAUUAAUAUGUUAUUCAAAAUUUAGGUUAUCGUUAUGUCAUCUAAGACAUGUUAGGUUUCUUGUUUUUACAAGUGUACUGAACCAAAAUUUUCUGUCUCUCUCUCUCUCCCAUUUCCCAUAUUACUGUAUUACUGAUGAUUAAAACUGUAAGCAUACCAAAGGUAUUUUACAACAAUUUACAAAUAUAAGUCACAUGCAGUGUAAAGGAAUGUUCAGUGUUAGAGGUGUGUUGGAGGCAGGGUGAUUGAAUAGCGUAGGCAGAAAGAGUUGGCAAAAUUGAAUAAAAUGCAACAUUCAGUAGAAACACUAGGACUGAGGUAUCAUGGCAGUUUAGAACUAUUCCAACUAUUGCUUAUGUUGUUAAUACUGUACAUAUAUAAAAUUGAUAAAUUGACUUUUAGUUGAAGGACAGUUAGCAAAUAUCAGUGAUGAGAGCUAGUGCAACACAAUACAUAGUAGAAGCCCAUCUGAUGAUAAUGAUUAGGAUUUGCUACUGUUGAUGCUAGGUGCUCAUUACUGAGGUAAUUUAUAAAACUGUUUAGGCCAUGUAUAAAAAGAUGACUUAAUACUUAAUACUGACAAUUGUCAAAUGCCAUACGUAGUUGCUUAUUACCUGAUUAAACAUUUUCUUCCGAGGGUGGAACAUCAUCCUCUGUAUUUUUUAUUCUUCUGUAUGUAAUUUUUGAAUUGUUCAUACACGAAACAAACCUUCGGUCUUAACAUUAGGAUUUA